AUGCAGUUCCACACAAAAGCCGCUCUGCUCAUUAAGCCUAUCAAGCUCGGCAGUAAAGCACCAACCGGAAAAGAAGCCACUCGUCACGCCUACCUCGCCCAACCCCACAGGCACCGCCCCCGCGACGCUCCACUCCUCCCCUCCUAUCGGCGCCGCCCCUGCUCCGCUACAGCCGCGCGCCGCCUCCCGCCCCUGCCUCCACCGUGCACCGCCACCCGCCCCACCUCCAUUUCUCGCCGCAUCACAUCACCGUGCACCGUCAGGGCUCCCUCCUCCAUCGAGCGCCGCCAGGAGGACGACCAACUCCACCGUGCGCUGUGGCCCCCCUCCCCCGACCUCUCCAUGGCGGGCCGCCGGGAGGACUCCCACAUCCACCGGGCGCUGCAGGUUCCCGGCUCCAUAGCGGGCCGCCAGGAGGACGCCCACCUCUGCCGCGAUCAGCAGGCCCCGGCCACCGUGCUGCUUCCCGACGUCCUCAGCGCCGGCCGCCACCCUCUAAUCUCAUGCGCAAGGGUACUUGAUCGAGCAUAUGCUAUAUCUAAGACAUGGAAUGGUGCUCCGGUAAUACUUCGGGGAUUUCAACGCUACACUCAAGAAUGAACAUUGUGUCAUAUGGUGACUACUGCUGGCUAUCUAAGUUCAGGAUCAGGACCAAGAGAUAAACACUGGAGGUACAUGCUUUUACCUCUAGCCAUCUAAGUUCAUAGUCGUGAAGUGCACUUUCGUUUGCUGCGGAAGUCCUCCUUUUGUUCAUGAUUACAAUCGUCCAUUCAUAGUCAUUAAAAUAGAAGUUCACUUGGUUCACAUGAGUAAUUCACUUUGGAAGUUUAUUUCAUCCACGAUUAAAAAUCAUCUUUUGUCUACGUACUUCACACUGCCAUGUUGUUGACAUUAUUAUCAGAUGCUUUCGGCUAGUAUGGAAAAGUAGUAGCUCACAUUAUUAGCAGGGGUAGUUCACUUUCUAUAUUUUGGGAAUUUGCAUAGCCUGUGACAUUUACAGUUAAAAGCAGUAAGCACACAUGUUUAUUUAGUGGGUUAUACAUGUGUUUGUCAGGGGAAACACACGACUACUUCCGUCUGUUAAUUUAAAUGUGUGAUACGUGUUCGUUUCAUUGCAUGCCUGCGUGAGCUCUGCUGUGUUCCUCUCUAGUAGUGAGCUUGAUUAAGUGUUUGUUUUAAUCUCCUCUCUUAGCUAGUAGUUCUAAUGCUUGUGUGGAAGUGCACAUUCAUGUAUGUGAAAGUUCAUUUUUAUAUUACAUGGCCACCCAAAUACCGCCUGGGUGUUGCUCUACACAGCCUCGCUGCUGCCGGUUCGCUUGCUGAUGCGAAUGUGUAUGCUGAUAUGAGCUGAAAGUUCAUUUUUAUAUUACAUGGCCACCCAAAUACCGCCUGGGUGUUGCUCUACACAGCCUCGCUGCUGCCGGUUCGCUUGCUGAUGCGAAUGUGUAUGCUGAUAUGAGCUGAAAAACACUGCUCCUGCCACUGAUGUGAACUAGUGUGCUCAGCUGAACCGUACUGAUCUACUCUACUUUGAUUCCUAUUUCUUGAUGAUAAUUGGAAUACACGUAUGUGUUGUUGCUGUGUGCCUGAUAGAAAAAUUAGAAGUUCAGCUUGGUACAAUGACGUAGGUUAUUUAUCACAAAGAAAUUCACUAGAUGUUCAAAGACAAUUGCUGAGUUAAUUUAUGUUCCACCUCCCAUGCGACAAGCGCCGCUGCAGGAGUUCAUAUGCCCCGCUGAGGUAGUUCAUAUCGCUCUCCGCAGCGAGCAUGUGCAACUCCAUUUUCAGGUAUGUUAACUGCACCUCUUCGGCCGAUUUCGGAGAGUUUGCAGUACCAUCUGUUCCUAUUCUAUUUUCAUGUCCGGUAUUGAUGCCUCUUUGUAAACAAAUAAUAUAGUCAUGCAUGUGGUAUUUUGAGAACUGAUGAAUGGCCAUUUUUGUUAUCGUGCCACACCUCUUAUCUGCCAUUUUUACUAUUUUUCAGUGUUGCCUGCAGGAUGACGUGCAAUUUCAGGGAAUGUAUGAUUUGUGGAAGGCUGUGAAUGGAGUUACCAGUACACGUGGUAAUAACAUAAGUUCACCAUGCCCAUGGACUUCCUAUGAAGCCAUCCCUGGCGUCCAUCCUGUAGCUGCUAUGGACUGCAGAAGUUCACCCCGCAUGGAACGAGAGUCAACCGACAGCAUAAACUUGAUGGAAUCGCUGCCAGCACCUUCAGGGAUGAAGCAUGCGGCAGUCAGUCGUGCCCUCCAAAGAGAUGCGAGGAUGAGACUACUUUUAUAGGAGCUCAGUUGAUUUUUUGAAGUUUAGAUCUUACAGAAGCUGCAGUUAUAUUUCUUAUGCAAAGAAAGUCGCUUCAUAUGACUCGUAGCUGAUCCAUUUUGGUCUGACUGUCCGAGCUGCUAUUUAUUAUUUCAACAAAUUAUUGAUUGAAUAC